CAGUUGACUGUGCAACGAUGCAGCGGACGGUUCUAGUUUUGGUAGCUACAGUAGGAGUUCUGAGCAUGGCUCAACAAAUAAAAUGCAGAUCGCCGAGCCGUUUCAUGAUUCCCGUAUUCAAAGCAAAUUGGUUCAAAGCCACCGAGUUUUGCUUCUCCCUGGGGAUGCAACUUGCCAUCACCAACUCAAAAGAGGACCACGACCGGAUUGUGGAUGCGGUAAAGGCAUCGCCGAUUUACAAUGCAAACGACACGAUCGUUUGGAUCGGUGGGAGCGAUCUCGCUGUGGAGGGCGAUUUCUAUUGGCACGCGACUGGGGUUCGUUUGGCGUACGCUCACUGGCAACCAGGUCAGCCGGAUAACUGGAAGAAUCAGGAGGAUUGCCUUUCGAUAGUGAACGUUUUAUCGCUCGGAUGGCGGUGGGUGGCCAACGACGGCAAUUGCGAGGGGCUACACUAUUUUGUGUGCGAAAAUGUAGAGUGGAUUCAUAAUAUUAGUGUUUUUUGAAACUUUUAAUAAUGGGAAUAUUGAUAAAUUAUAUACAUGCAUUCAAUAAAGUAAGUAGCAUGAUGUAAACAAAACGAGUUUGAAGAAAUGAAUGUGGUGCAUCCGUAGGGUUUACUUUGAAUACAAUACGAGCCACACCAACAUGCUAAAAAUUAAAUAAUACUCCGGGCCUUUGCACUUUUGGGGCCCCCACAUAAUAAUUGGUGACUUCAAUGCCAAACACCGUUCAUGGAAUAAUGCUCAAAGCAAUUCCAAUGGUAACAUUUUAUUUGAAGAUUGUUCUGCGGGAUAUUAUACUAUUCAAUAUCCCAAUGGACCAACUUGUUUUUCUUCCAGUCGAAAUCCUUCUACAAUUGAACCGGUGCCAGCGAAAGUGGUACAUUAACCAUUUUUGUCAUUUUUGAGUUUUUUACACCAACGGUUUCUAUUUGCAAAGAUCUAAUAAGGGAAUAACGAAAAAGUGAUUUUUGGGAACAAAAUCUAGAGAUAUGCAAAUUUUAUUUUCU